AUCGGAUUGUUAUGCGACAAACAGAAAUGCGACUUAUCCUUGGGUCCAAACUAAAAAAAUCCGGGAUAUAGUUGAAACAGAGCGAGCCUUCGCACAAUUUUAAGAUUCGUGGCAAGAUUGUAAGCAGGCAAAAUUCGACACGGGCAUGUUCAAGGAUAGAUAAUUUCGACCUAGUAGAGUCACAGUAGAGUCUAUGCAAAUACAUCGAUUUGAGACAGAGGACUUUGUACGUAUUUACAACUGAAAAUAUUCGUCAUUAUUGCGUCUCAUUGCGUAUGUCGAAAGAUGGCAAAAACAAGUGCAUUCUCUUUAACUGGUGAUUAAUAUAGGAUGAAAUUGCGAUUCUGAUGAUUCCGAUUUAAUUAAAAAAAAUACAAAUGUCUUCCAAAUUAUUGCAAAUUAUUGCAAAUUAAGUUUUUUUAAAGCGAUAUCUAAGCCAUAAAUAUACAUUAUAAUGCAAAAAUUGUGGAUUAUUGUCUUCGUGAUAUUGAUGCCCGAUAUUGUAAGGAUGAAUUUGACGAAUAGUGAGAAUAUAAAAAACAAUACGGCAUUAAGUGAGACACACAUUAUGGAAUUAAGUAUGCUGUAUAAUACGGAAAAUAUUACAGAAUUAAAUACUGUACAGAAUACGAUAUUAAAUAAUACAAGUGUAGAAUAUAAAAAUUGCACUCAAGAUAUUCCACUGAAAAAUUAUAAAGUCAUGCAAGAACGGUUUAGAAAAGAGGAAAAACGUAGAAUAACUCAAGCUGUAGUACAAAGUGCACUAUUAAUAAUUUUACUAUUAAUUCUGAUCAUUAUGGGUAUUAAGAAUAACUAUAUCAGAAUCAAUUUGCUUUGUCGUGCUGCACAAGAAUAUUAUCAGCGGAUGCGUUCUCGUAUGUAUAUAAUUACUGCAAACGACAUUGAACCAGGUGGUAUUUGGGACGCUAGAGAAACAUACAAUAAUAUGCUCGCAAAACGUAGAACACGGGAGGCGAUGAGAAUGAUAUUUUAUUACGCUCCAUCACAAGAACCUUAUGAUGAAAAUAUGAAAUUUGUUCGCGAACCGCAACGUCAAACUGUAUGACAUUUACCUUCUCUGUUUUUUGACAGAUUGUCUACCAUGUGUAUCAUCUAUUGAGGUUUGCAUUAAACAACGAAUGGCAUUAUUAUUAUGGUAAAUUGAUAUAACAUUUUCAUUAAUCUGUGAUAUUGUUAAAGUCGUAGACAUAAAGAUCUAUAACCAUAGUUUAUUAUAGUUUACAGUUAAACAUUUUAUAUAUGCUAGAGUAAAUAACUUGAAACUAUAUAUAUAUCAAUGCAAUCUGUUUAUAAGAUGAAGUACUUUUCUAACAAAUUCUGCUGCAUUAUAACAAGAAGAGUUGACAUUUCAAAUUAUUAAUUUAAAGUAAAUUCAAAAGUAAAUUGAAAAAAGUAAAUUCAAGAUUCAUUAAUUAAAGUUAAUUAAUUUAAAUUAAUAAACUAAUAUAACUAAUGAAUUAAUGAAAAUUUUAAUUUUAUAUUAUUUUUAACUAAGUAUUAUAAUUACUUAGUUUUAAAUUAUAUUAAAUUAUAUUAAAAAAAUAUGUUGCUUUUUUUAUUACAAAAUAUAAUUCUAAUAAUAAAAGGAAAUUUGUAUUCUUCUAUUUGACGGAUUUUCUUACU